CAAACUGCUGGCAUGGCAAGUUGUCUGCGUUACCCGGGCAAGGUGGUGAUCGUGACUGGUGGCACCAAAGGCAUUGGUCUGGGCAUCGUGAGAGAAUUUGUUCGCCAGGGAGCCAAAGUGGUCUUCUGUUCAGUACCAUCUGAAGAGGAAGAUGGACAAGGAAUUCAGAGGGACCUGAAGGCUUCUGGGUGCUCAGGGGAUGCUUACUUCCAGGUCUGCGAUGUCCGCAAGGAGUCAGAUAUCAAGAGGCUGAUUCGGGUCACUGUAGAUCAUUACGGAUGCCUGGACUGCCUGGUGAACAAUGCUGGAUCUGGCUUUGCGGAACCGAUAGAUAUAAUGAGCGCCCAGGAUUUCCGCGACAUCAUGGAACUCAACACUGUGAGCUGUUUCUUAGCAUCCAAGUAUGCGCUGCCCCACUUACGGAAAACGAAAGGAAACAUCAUCAACAUAGGCAGUUUAAGUGGUCUCAUUGGGAUUAAGAACGGUUUGUCGGACGCUGCAAGCAAAGGCGCUGUGAUUUCAAUGACCAGAUCCCUGGCCAUCGAUGAGAGCAAACACGGACAUCACACCAUCUUUUAUCUGGACUCCAUUGGUGAAAACGUAUGUAACCGCGUCACCGAAUCCAAAGAAGACAAUGCAGAAAAUCGUCGAUUAUCAUGCGUGGAUUUGGAACAGAGACUGCUUUGGGUCGCCUUGGUUGAUAACCUCUACCGAGAAACCGACAGGUGGAAUGGGACUCUGCUGGUGCUGCUGGUUCACUCAGGGGCCUCCAGUGCUAUCAGCCACAUGAAAAUGCUGGAAAAGGUCAUUGGGAUGUUUGAGCUGUGGUGUGACCAAUAUGUGGAGGAUACCCAGCUGUACCAUACGUUGCCACCUCAUUCUGAAGAUGCUGUUGAUGUUCUGAACUGGUGCUUGGAAUCCGUAACGGGUUGGAUGAGGGUGAACAAGCUGAAACUUAAUCCUGACAAGACAGAUUUUCUCCGGGUUAGUAGAAAGGUAGACCAGGGCCUUCGGAUGUCUCCUGUCUCGGAGGGGGUUAUACUCCCCUUCAAAAGACAGGUCCACAGCUUGGGAGUGCUGCUCGACAUAGCAGUUACCUUCGAAAACUCGGUGGCUGUGGUGGUUCAGAGCACUUCCUUUGGCUGGUGCAUUAGCUGCAUCCAUUCCUGGUUCAAUCAGAGCAUAGCCAUGGUGAUGCAUGUCUUCGUUAAAUGUAGACUGGACUACUGCAUUGUGCUCUGCUUGGGGCUACCCAUGAAGAGUGUUCAGAAGCUACAACUAAAACAAAGGCAAACAGCAGGCAUGGACUCUUUACUGCGUUACCCGGGCAAGGUGGUGAUCGUGACUGGUGGCACCUCAGGCAUCGGUCUGGCCACUGUGAGAGAAUUUGUUCGCCAGGGAGCCAAAGUGGUCUUCUGUUCAAAAGCACCUGAAGCGGAAAAGGGGCGAGCAAUUCAGAGGGACCUGCAGGCUCCUGGGUGCCCCGGGGAUGCUUACUUCCAGGUCUGUGAUGUCCGCAGUGAGUCAGACAUCAAGAGGUUGAUUCAGGUCACUCUAGAACGUUAUGGAUGCCUGGACUGCCUGGUGAACAACGCUGGAACUAUUUAUUUAGAGUCGUCAGAUGACGUGACUGCCCACGACUUUGAAAAUCUCAUGCAACUCAAUGCUGUGAGCUGUUUGUUAUUAUCCAAGUAUGCACUGCCCUACUUACGGCAAACGAAAGGAAACAUCGUCAACGUGGGCAGCAUCGAAGGUACUAUUGGGAUGAAAUAUGCUGUGUCAGCUGUUGCAAGCAAGGGCGCUGUGAUUGCAAUGACCAAGGCCCUGGCCAUCGACGAGAGCAAAUACGGAGUACGGGUCAACAGCAUAUCACCGAGCAACAUCUGGACUCCUUUGUGGGAAAGUGAAGCAAAUCGUUUUAAGAAUCUCGAGGCCGUACUCCAGGAAGGCGAAAGUUAUCAGCUAUUGGGACGCUUUGGGACCCCAGAAGAGGUGGCCUUGGGUAUUCUGUUCCUUGCUGCUGAUGGAACUUUCUGCACUGGCCUGGACCUUCUACUCACUGGUGGAGCUGAAGUUGGCUUUGGAAGAAAGAGCCCGAUGGGUCCUGACUCUUUUGCAAUUGAUAUCGGGAAUCUGAAGGACUCCUCCAGCAACUAAGGGAACCAGAAAGAGGAGUGGGGAUAAGAGCUCAGUGUACAACAGUCAUUGAUUCAAAGUCAUUAAUUCAGACUUCAUUAAAUGCUUCUUGUCUAUGUUUUCUGAUUGUUCCCCCUUGGCCAACAACUCUGCCUGUUCUUGUUCCAAACCCCAUAAUCCGAGAAAGAAAUGGCUCAAAAGAAAGAGAUGCCAUAAAGGUGUUGUUGCUGUUUGGCUUUAAUACAUGAAAAUGAGUUUGCAUCAGUACCCACCCUACCUAGCUGAGCUGGGUUUGGUGCCCUCUCCCCGGCCUUACAGCCUCUUUUCCCUUCACCUCCAAGCUCUCGGCCUGGCAUCAUUUGCCUCUCCCCCUUUCAGAUGUUCUUUGGGCAAACUGUGCUUGCUUGCUGGUGAAGGAAAAGCAAGUUUGUACAUUCUCCAAAAGUAGGACUUCUAACCAGAGUGGCGGCAGAUCUUCUUUUAAUGAUUUAGCAGAGGGAUGGAGAAGACACCAUAACAGUGAAGGUGUUCUAUUGUUAUCAAUUGACUGAGGGCGAAUCUGCAUUUGCUUUUUAAAAUCAUUUUCGUACUGCUGUGACGCCGUCUUUCUC